UGAGCCCGAACCGGGCCGAACUCUGCCGGAGAGAGCCGAACUGAGCCCGAACCGGGCCGAACUCUGCCGGAGAGAGCCGAACUGAGCCGAACCGGGCCGAACUCUGCCGGAGAGAGCCGAACUGAGCCCGAACCGGGCCGAACUCUGCCGGAGAGAGCCGAACUGAGCCCGAACCGGGCCCGAACCGGGCCGAACUCUGCCGGAGAGAGCCGAACCCGUCCGAAGAACGCCGAACCGGCCCGAAGCGGGCCCGCCAUGUUGUUCCCCGGCCUCUCGCUGCUCCUCGGCCUCCUCAUGGCCGGGGGGGCGCAGGGGGGGUGCGUGGAAGUGGCUUCGGGGACGGAGGCGGUUUUGGGGGCCCCUUUCCGCCUCCUCUGCAUCGCCUGCAAACGCCGCAGCGAGACCCCCGCCCAGGCCGAGGGCGAGUGGUUCUUCCGCCCCGAGGGGGCCCCCCCAUUUCCAGAAGGUACUGGGAAGAUCCUGCACUACAGCCCGGAGGAGGGGCAGUGGGUGGCCCCGGGCCCCUUCGAGGGGGUGCUGGCCUGGAACGGCUCGCGGGGGACGCGGGACCUGCAGGACCUGUCGGUGCGCCUGGCGGCCGUGGGGCGGCCCCACGCCGGCCUCUACGUCUGCCGCCUGCGCCGCAACCUCACCUUCGAGGGCUACGUCUACAGCCUGGCCCGCAACAAGACCCUGCGCCUGGCCGUCGUCGACACGG